AAGUGAAAAAUUCCAUCGAGAAUCUAAACUCCCGGAACUGUUCCGGUGCAUACCCAUAACGCACGCAUUGCCGAUAUGUCCGAUUCAGCCCUCCUGCGUGAUUCCAAGCAGUGUUCUCCAAAUUCAGGGGGAACCAUGCUAUCAGGGAGUGAAGAUGAGCCAACGGAGAAUGGUGACGAGGACUUGGAAGAUGGCUUAAUCGAACCACCAGAAAUGUAUAAGAAAGACAGGCGAAGGGCGAAAUCUCUGCCCGCAUAUCCGGAGCAGGCUAUGCUUUUUGAAGAAAUAGCCAAUAACGGCCGAAAACGGGUGAAGUUCGCAGACUCCAUGGGGCUAGAUUUAGCAAGCGUGAAGCACUUCAGCACAGCAGAAGACCCGAAAAUCCCUUCCAAGGUUUUGUCGAGAUUGCAGAGCUUUCUCCCUCAACCACAGGACCGAGAGUAUACAAUCGGGGACCUGUGCGUAAACUUUAAAUCUACCUUGACCACGAACCGUCUCAUCCCAACUUUCAAGAUGCCAGUUGAGGCUGAUGAUUUUGAAACCAAGGUAUUGCAGCGGCACGUCCACCUGGAGAAGGUGACCAUCACUCAGUUUGACAUCCGUGGGCAGAUUCGGACGAAUACACAAAACUGUUGCAAGAGGGAAGUUGGUGUGAGGUACACAUUCAACGAGUGGCUCUCUUUCGUGAACGCGCAGGCGAUACCCAUGUCUUUCGAUGAGAAUACAGUCGGUGAGCGCUACACAUUUACCAUGUACACGCCUCCAUUCCUAGACCCAUCUUCCUCUGUGCACUUCGCCGUGUACACCAGGAAUGACCAGGGCGAGUUUUGGGAUAACAACCAUGGACAAAACUAUACCUUGAAGUAUCACUGUGCAGGUAUGCCGACCUACGAGAGCGCAGCAUUCCAUGCCACCUGAAAUUCGCCGUUACGCACGUGCGUAAAGAUGGUGUCGCUCAACCAGGUCUCUUAUGAAGUUGUUCUCCAUCACGUGGAUUGAUAUAUACUUUUCAGUGAAGUGAAUGUAUUUUCUUCUUGCUCUCCGAGACCACCGUUUUGUUAUCAAGGUGUUCAUGAGUUCAUCAUAAUUGUUAUGUUGUUAGGCCGACUGUACCAUCCUUCUUUAAAGUAAAACAUGGAGUUGCCAAGUU